AUUACUAACGUUUUUAUCAUGCAUAAACAAAAUGAUAAUUAUCUUUGUUAAAAUACUACAAGAGAUUCCACGAUUCUUGAAGACAGUUUUUGUCAAAGUUGUUGUGUUCAUUAUUGUAUAUUUGUUUUUUAGUUUUGUGAUUUGUAUAAAAAGAGAUACACAAUUAUGAUACAUAAUAGUAAAAUAUUUUAGUUUAGUGACACAAUAAACAUAAGUUUUCUCGGAUUUUUAACUACAACUUUACGCGUAGUUUGAGCAUAACCAAUAUGUCAGACGUUAAAAGUCUCGAAUAUCCAACAUUGAAGGUUCCUUAUGAAUUACUUAAUAAAAAAUUUCGUUUAGCUCAAAAAGUCAUAGAUAGAGAAGCUUCUUAUGUACAAACAGCAGCUAAUGAAUUAAUGAAAGAUAAUAAAACAUCUGUUCCUGCUGGAGAAAUGAGCAUAUUGUUAGGAGGAGUUGUAGAGAAACUUCAAACUUUAAAAAGAAAAGCACAAGAAUCUAUUGCAGAAGAAUUACAAGCAGGAAUGGUUUGCAAAAGACGACUAGAACAUUUAAAAGAACAUGCUAAUACUGCACCAAGUGUUGUGAAUCAGUGGCGGCGACAAAGACUUGAUAGAAUGUUAAUAGAAUAUUUCCUUCGUAAAGGUUAUUAUACAACUGCAACUAAAUUAGCAGAUAGUAGUGAGCUUAGAGAUUUAACAAAUAUAGAUGUUUUUAUGGUAUCAAGAGAAGUUGAAGCAUCUUUAGCAAAUCAUGAAACUGCAAGGUGUGUUGGAUGGUGCUAUGACAAUCGAUCUAAGUUAAGAAAAUUAGGAAGUACUAUGGAAUUUAAUUUACGUGUACAAGAGUUCAUAGAAUUAGUAAGACAAGAUAGAAGGCUUGAUGCUGUCAAGCAUGCUAGAAAAUGUUUUACAAAUUAUGAUGAUUACCAGUUGCAAGAAAUUCAAUGCUGUAUGGGACAAUUAGCAUUUCCAGCUAAUACAUCUCUUAGUCCAUAUAAAGAUCUGCUAGAUGAAAAAAGAUGGGAUAGAUUAAUUGAACAGUUCAGACAUGAAAAUUAUAGACUUUUUCAAUUAGCAAGUCAAAGUGUUUUUACAGUAGCAUUACAAGCAGGUCUAUCAGCAUUGAAAACACCUCAAUGUUAUAGUGCAAAUAAAGAAGGCAGAAAUCCAAAUUGUCCAGUGUGCAAUGAAGCUCUCAAUGAGCUAGCAGUUCCAUUGCCUUUUGCUCAUUGUUCACAGUCAAGACUUGUUUGCAGUAUUAGUGGAAAACCAUUAAAUGAAUAUAAUCAACCAAUGAUGAUGCCAAAUGGAUAUGUAUAUGGAGAACAAGCAUUGGAAAAAAUGGCUCAAGAAAAUAAUGGUACUGUAAUUUGUCCAAAAACCAAAGAAGUGUUUCCAUAUAAAAAAAUAGAAAAAGUGUAUGUUAUGUAAUAAUUAUUGACUCAAACAUAAUUUGUAUUAUAUCUGCGUUUCAUACUAUGUACCAAUAUUAACAAAAAGAAUAACUUCUAUUUUUAAGGAAAUAUUUUUUUGCAAAUUUUCUUUAUGAUCAUCUACUAGAAUAAAAUGUGAUAUAAACGAAUAAUGUGUGGAAAACGUUCUAGUUUUUCGAUAUAAAAAGAUAUACAAAUUAUUAUUAUAAUGUAGUUGGAUAUUAAACAUAAAAUCUGA